AUGUCCAUCAGUAUAAUCAAUGAAGACCCCCAGGACACCUUAGAACACCUCAGGACACCUCAGGACCCCUCAGGACACUUCAGGACCCCUCAGGACACCUCAGGACACCUCAGGACACCUCAGGACACCUCAGGACCCCUCAGGACCCCUCAAGACACCCCAGGACACCUCAGGACCCCUCAGGACACGUCAGAACACCUCAGGACACCUCAGGACCUCUCAGGACACCUCAGGACCCCUCAUAACACCUCAGGACCCCUCAGAAUACCUCAGGACACCUCAGGACCCCUCAGGACCCCUCAGGACCCCUCAGGACACCUCAGGACCCCUCAGGACACCUCAAGACACCUCAGGACACCUCAGAAUACCUCUGGACCUCUUAGGACACCUCAGGGCACCUCAGGACACCUCAGGACCCCUCAGGACCCCUCAGGACCCCUCAAGACACCCCAGGACACCUCAGGACCCCUCAGGACACGUCAGAACACCUCAGGACACUUCAGGACCCCUCAGGACACCUCAGGACCCCUCAGGACACCUCAGGACACCUCAGGACACCUCAGGACCCCUCAGGACACCUCAAGAUCCCUUAGGAGCCCUCAGAACACCUCAGGACACCUCAGGACACCUCAUAACACCUCAGGACACCUCAGGACACCUCAGAACACCUCAGGACACCUCAGAACACCUCAGAACACCUCAGGACACCUCAGGACACCUCAGAAUACCUCAGGACACCUCAGAACACCGCAGGAAGAUUCUCAAAGAUUCUUUAAGGUGUCCCCUCUGGACAUCUUCAGACACUUCAGAACAUUUCUGAACACCUUCAGAGACAAUUUUAUUUGGAUUAUCUAA